AUGCCGCUCUCGGGGCCGCGGAAGGCGAGCAAGUCGCCUCGCUUCCCACCACUCUGGAGCCCUCGGCCAAGAAACCUCCCCACCGCCCUGGGAAAAGCCGAGGAAGGCGCUCCUGAUUGGGCCAGCGACAUCCUUGGCCGCGACGCUGCGAAACCUCCCCCGAAGCGGCUCAACGAUGCGGAGCGGCUACGGCGUUUGGUUCAAGGUGCCAUGGAACGACAGGCGCUGUCGGGACGACUUGUGGAUCUGCUGCAGGAGCCAGCCAAGCAGCAGGCAGCCAUCGAUUUCGCCGGAAGUUGCCUCAUGAGCCUAGCUCUUUGGCAUCGAUUCGGCUCCGCAGAUUUUGCAGAGGCGCUGGGAUGGCUCGAGCGAACUGACUAUGCUGCCAUGGUGGCGACACUGCCGACAAGGGCAGUAGAAGCUGCCAUCACCUUGUGGAAGUCCGGCCUUCACGCGGCAGGUGCAGACACCAUGCAGCAGCGGAGCGUCCGCCAGGUAGAGCUGCAAGCCUGGGAUAUGGGAAAUGACCGGCGUGAAACCGAGGAUGAGCUGCGUGCCGCAGAAGAUGCCGCGAAGCUUACAAGCUCAGCGCAGCACCUGCAGGCUCUGAAAGACUGUCGAGCCCGCAGAGCACAGGCAGCUGGCGAAGUGCUGGUGCGGAAAGCCUACGAAAGGCUCACCGUGGGCCCGAGCAGCUCUCUUUGGGACCUCUGGCGCAAACGGGAGGCGAUUAUUAAGGCUGCCCUGGCUGGUGGUGGCUUCCGGCCCCUCAGAGAAGCCCUCAGGUCUGCACGUGGAUACUGCGGCCCUGACAUGGACAACGAACAGGCUGCCUGGAUGCUGGCAGUAGACCUGCUGACGAUCACUCCAUUGACCGAGAACGCAGGACCUGUCACUUGGCAUGGAGACUACGCUGCUUUCCUCCGUAAGCGCUACCUGGAGAAGCAUCGCGCGCCAGCCGGCAGCUGUUCACGCACUCCUCCUUGGGUCGCGGAGGUGCCGUCCAAGCCGCGAGGACGGCCGGCCACAGCGUUGCCCGGUGCUUGGGAGCCGGACCUCAUCGGCUUAGCCUAA